AUGAGCAAUGUGAAUACAAAUGGUAAAGAUGAAGUUCCUUAUCGCCCAGUUGACAAUUAUGUUUUGGUUAAGGCAUUUUUAAAACAUGAACAAUGUGAAUGCAAGAUAAAUGAAUUAGGUUAA